AAGGAAUCACCAAUAAAUCCGGGCUAAAAUAUGUGUUUUAGAGGUUUGGUUUAAACACAUGCUUUUUUUUUUCGUCGGUCUAUUGCAGUGGCCUAAACAAGAUUAUUACGACUAAUUAGGCCUAGUAGUUCAUGUUCUCAUGGCAUUACCUUAUAUCUCGCGAAGUCUACCCUUAUGUAGCCUACAAUUAUAUAUAAAUGGGUUUUCUUGGAAAACGUUUAAUCGUGGAUUUAGUUUAUAUAUCUAUGUGCUCCCUGUGUAGCUCUGUCGCCAGCUGUAAAACAGUUGGGUAAACUGUUAACAGCUGGAAAUUUAGUAGAUUUUAAAUUUGAAAGCAUGAAUGUUUGGCACAGAAUAGACUUGAUAGUAUGUCUGAACGGGGGCCAUGAGAAGGUCUGUCAUGUGUUUUGUCCAAAAAUAACACGAUUCCUGCAGCCCGAAUGUGUGCAAGAGAAGAUUUAGAAGUUGACUACAGUAUCCCAAGUCUUCUAUACCCGUACAUUUGUCACGUUAUAGUUUUUUAACGUCAGAUACGCCUGACGGCCUCAAAGGCCUUAAAAAAACCUGGUGAAUCAGAAGAAAUUAUCCAUAAAAUAUGAUUAAUUAUAAGGUUGAUAUAAUGAAUUCCACCCCGCAGAAUUCCGUUUCUGCAUGUUUUUUCCGGGGAAAAAAUACAAUACACACCAAGGCGACAAGACUUGUCGCUAACCCUAUUAUGCGUCAUAGGCGGUGUUGUAUUUAUCCCUCUAGAGGUCGCUAAGAAUUCGUGUGUCCCUAGACGUCUUCACUGGCCGGGCAAAUGAAUGGUGGGCUAAAAUUCGCCUCAAUGUCUCAAAUUUAGUUUUUCAAACAGAAAGUAUUGGCCCAUAUAUGCUUGGAGAGGAUAAACGUAUCAAAUCGUAUCUCCUUUCAUUGCUUAUUUCAGUCUGACUUAUUGGACAAACGUAUGAACAAAACUAUAAGCCAAACAGACACAGUGUUUGGAAGAAGAAAUGUGUGUAUUUUAUAUACACCAGCAUAACUGUGACUCAGUGUCUGCACUCCACUCGAUGACAAACUGUUUCAUUUGAUGGUGUGUGAUGGCAAGGUUUCCUGAUCUCAUUAUUCAUUGGGGGGGGGGGGGGUCUGGGGGGUUGCUUGAGUCCGCCAAUAGCCUCACAGAACAUCAAUUCAUGAACAGCACUAGACGGAAGAGACACGUUGACUUGGCUAUAUGUUCUGUGUUCAGCGAGGCUGCAUGCUCUCCAAUCUCUUGGCAUGUCUCUAAAAAACAAAUUUUUACAUUAUCUGCAAGCUCUUUGUUUGCUUUCUUCCGGCAAAUCUGACUUGUGCAAUUGGAGUGGAAGUGGUUUGAUGCGGAACGAUAAUUUGCGUGCGGUGCAGCAAGUCCGUUUGCACUGUCCCGAGGGGUCGGUAGAAUGGAUAUACCCCAGUCACGCCUUGCGGGUGGUCCUGGAACCCAUCCUUGCAAGGGCGCAGCACACCGCUGUCUGCAUCAAACCUUUCCGUGGCUUUCGCGGAGCUAGUCUGUUUAUUGAGCGCACCGGGGAGUUGGACCUCUUGAUGGCUGACGGUGAACAGCCGGAGCAGGUGCACUGUUUUCGUACUGAUGGACGCCAGAAAUCGGCGCUUUUCAUUCAGGCUAACCCACAAGAAGAUAUCAGCCGCCGGAUAGUGGGCUUCCACUUCGAGUUCCUGAGAAAACGAAGCUCCGCUGCGAGGCUCCGUGAGCCCCUGCAUGCUGCCUGCCAACCAUGCAACGACACAGAACUUUUGCUGGCCAUCUGCAACAGUGAUUUUGUCAUUCGUGGCUCAAUCCGGAACGUAUCCCACGAUGCAGAGCGGCGGACGUCAGUGGUGGAGGUGUGGGGUGGCCGGGUGUAUCGUCAGCGAAGUGGGGUGUUUGAGCGGGAGGCCGGCGUCCUGGCGCCCAGCUGGCACGGGCACAUCCACACACGUCUGGAGUGCCGGGUGAGGCCGGGGGACGGCCUGUUCCUCUUCACCGGCGCAGAGCACUUUGGGGAGGCCUGGCUUGGCUGUGCUCCCAGGUUUAGGGACUUCCUCGCCCUGUACCUGAGGGCCAAAAGGGAUUCCCAGAACCCAUGUGACUUCCCCCUGGACUAGCCCUGGCUCUGCCACAGGGCAGCUCUCCUCGUUGAGAAAACUACAGAAAAUACUUUAGAGAGAGGAGACAUGAGACUCUCUGAAAGGACAUACAAUUUUGAAUGGCAGUGUUGUUAUUCCAGUCUGAUAUAUUUUAUACGUAUGAUGUAAUAACUACUGUAAUUACAAAUGAUUAUCUAAUAUUCAAAAUAUAAGAGUGUUAUUGUAUUGCUUAUUACAUAUUGUGCAGUAUUUACAAUCGUUUAUACAUGCACUUAUAGUUCAUGAAUGCUUUAUUUUCCUUAUUUUUUUUCUAUUUUUUUUUUCUAUUUUAUUUUGCGUGAGUUCACACG